AUGCUGAACACGACUGAUUCCUUCGGCCGAUCCAGGGUUAUCUACAAGCUUCUUUACUUGGCUCAAUUAGCUGAUGAUGCUUACUAUCGAGCGCAUGGGGGUACCUCCCUUGAGAACUUUAGUAUACUCGAGAACGAAAACUUGGUAGUCUCACAUUGGGCACACGAUACAAUUUCUAUCACCUGUUCUUCACACAACGACCGUGGUCACCACAUCCCACUGCAAUCAGCGAUCUCCUCAGGCUGCACGAGCAUUGAAAUGACCCUUUUCCCUGCUGGAAAAGAGCUUCUUGUCGGGCCAAAUCCUGAGAUGCUUUCUCGAGCAAUGAACCUCCGGGAUCUCUACAUUAAUCCUUUGCUGCGGACGAUUCAAGACUACAACAAGAAAUUGGAAAACUUACCUUCUGGAGCCCUUCCGCAAGAUGCUCAACUUUCUGGGGUGUUUUCAAAUGAUCCUACACAAAGCCUGGUGUUGCUGUUAGACUUUAACGCUGACCCGGAGCGCGUAUGGUCUCAUCUUACUCCACACAUCGAGCCUCUUCGAGAGGCCGGCUUCCUAACACAUUACAGCGGAUCCACUGUUGUGCAAGGUUCUAUUACAAUUGUUGCUACCGGAAAUGUGCCGUUGAGUCGUAUCUCAGAAGAAAGCAUCUUCAGAUAUAUUUUCUUUGAUGCUCCGCUCUUGAAGCUUUUGCCUCCUUUCGACCAAGAAUUUCCCUCAUAUUCCGACUACAACGCCCAAACCAGCUACUAUGCAUCUGCCGACUUCUGUACAGCAAUAGGGACCGUGGAUCCCAAUGGAUUCUCGGACAAACAACUCGCCGCUAUUCGUCAACAGGUACAGGUGGCUCAUGGGCUUGGCCUUAAAGUCCGAUAUACGGGUACGCCAGUUUGGCCUCGCAAGUUGCGAAAUUAUGUGUGGCGUAUACUCGUCCGCGAGGGUGUGGACAUAAUCACCGUCAAUGGACCAAUUCACCAGCACCAACGGACCUUAGAAUGA